GUGGGCGAGGGGCCGGUCGCUGCUCGGGUCUGCAGGUCUCUGAGCUUCCGAGGGAGCAGGCGCCUUGGGGAUAGCGCCUGCCUCGGUUUACCCCGCAGCCCAGCCGGCGAGCGCUCCCGCCCCAGCGAACUCCAGGCAGCGCCCUGGAAAGGCCGUUCCGCCCCGCGAGGGAAACGGAGCCGUUGACCAUGGUUGCAACUGGCAGUUUGAGCAGUAAGAACCCGGGCAGCAUUUCAGAGUUGCUGGACCAUGGUUUCCACCCGGGGAGCCUGCUAAAUGAGUUUGACUACUGGGAUUAUGUUGUUCCUGAACCCAACCUCAAUGAGGUGAUAUUUGAGGAGACAACGUGCCAGAGUUUGGUUAAAAUGCUGGAGAACUGUCUGUCCAAAUCAAAGCAAACCAAGCUUGGUUGCUCAAAAGUCCUUGUCCCUGAGAAACUGACCCAGAGAAUUGCUCAAGAUGUCCUGCGGCUUUCCUCUACCGAGCCCUGCGGCCUGCGAGGUUGUGUCAUGCACGUGAACUUGGAAAUUGAAAACGUAUGUAAAAAGCUGGAUAAGAUUGUGUGCGAUUCUAGUGUGGUGCCCACUUUCGAGCUCACACUUGUGUUUAAGCAGGAGAACUGCUCGUGGACUAGCUUCAGGGACUUUUUCUUCAGCCGAGGUCGCUUCUCAUCUGGCCUCAGGCGAACUCUGAUCCUGAGUUCGGGAUUCCGCCUCGUUAAGAAAAAGCUUUACUCCUUGAUUGGAACAACAGUCAUUGAAGAGUGCUGAGAAGGAAACAUUUUAAAGGUCCUUCUUAUAAUUGGGUAAUAAAACUGCACAGCUGCCCCCUGA